CCCGCCCUGUCGCCUUGGGCCGCAAAGUUUCAGUUUCGCUUUCCCCAAGAUCCCUCCCUGUUCCCGGCAGAGCCGUUCCCGGCAGAGCCGUUCCUCGUCCUCUCAUGGCCGCCUUUCCAGCUGCGGUACUCCAGAAGUGGGACACUGUAUUUGGGAACAACAGUCUAUGCUCGGAAACACAAAACAGAGUAUAAACAUUUAAAGACCCCCAAGGACCUGGAGAAUGGACUUUCCCAAGGGUGCUGGAACGGCAGCUUACAAUGAGAAAUCAGGUAGGAUUGCCUCACUCCCUGCCUUGUUACAGAAAAUCUUAGCUCAUUUCUGUCCUCAGUGGAGAAAGGGGAAUACAGAAGGAGACUGUCUCUCCCACAAGUGCUCAGAGACUGACAUUCUUGGAGAAAACUAUAGUUGGCAAAUACCCAUUAAUCACGAUGACCUCAAAAUUUUAAAAAAGAAUGAGCAUCAGCUGUGUGAAGUCCUCCAGGAUAAAUUUGGCUGUAUGUCUACCCUGGUCUCUCCAGUCCAGGAACGUAACAGUGAGUCUCUGCAAGUCUUCAGAAAAAUGCUUACUCCUGGGCUAACGUUAUCUGUCUGGAAGGACAACCUCACCAGACAUGCUGUUGAUGCUGUGGUGAAUGCAGCCAAUGAAGAUCUUAAGCAUGGGGGAGGCUUGGCCCUGGCCCUGGUGAAAGCUGGCGGCCAAGAAAUUCAAGAGGAGAGCACAAGAAUCGUUUCCACACAUGGUAAAGUACCAACUGGUAAUAUAGCCAUCACAAGAGCAGGGAAGCUUCCCUGCAAACUCAUUAUGCAUGCUGUUGGGCCUCGGUGGGCCGAGGCGGAUAGAGAGAGAUGCUUCCAUAAGCUGCGCACUGCCAUUAAAAAUAUUCUGGAUUACGCCAUCUUUCACAAUGAGUGCCUUGAGACAAUAGCAAUUCCAGCCUUGAGCUCUGGGAUUUUCAACUUCCCUCUGAAUUUGUGUACACAGAUCAUUGUGGAAACUAUCAGAUUUUAUUUGCAAGAGGUACAAUGGACAGGUAAUUUGAAAGAAAUUCACCUGGUAAGCAAUGAAGACCCUACUGUUGCUGCCUUUAAAUCUGCUUCAGAAAGCAUCCUGGGAAUGAACGAGCUGAGGUCCUGGGAGAAUCAAGAAGCCACUGCUCCUUUCAAUACAAUGGUUACGAACAACCUGACUGCCCAUAUUGUCCAGGGCCGAAUUGAACUGCAGGAAACAGAUGUAAUUGUUAAUUCUGUAACUCCAAGUCAUUCUUUUGGAGCUGGUCCUGUGUCACAAUCAAUUCUACAACAAGCAGGGGAUGAAAUAGAACAGGAAUUUAAAAAAAACAUGCCUCGGACGUCUCAGGAUUCCCAGUUGGUACUGGUCACAAAAGGAUUUAAAUUGUCCUGUCAAUAUGUAUUCCAUGUAUUGUGGGAUUCAAAAUCUUCUAGAACAGAUAUGAGAUUGAAAGAUGCAGUGAGGAAGUGCUUGGAAAAAUGCCUUGAGCUACAUUUAACUUCCAUUUCCUUUCCUGCCCUUGGGACUGGAAACAUUGGUGUGUGUAAGGAACGAGCAGCAAAGAUUAUGUUUGAUGAAGUUCUAAUGUUUGCCUGCAAACAUAGAAAACAAUUGACUGUAAAGUUUGUGAUCUUUCCUGUAGAAAUUGAGACAUAUAAGGCUUUCAGCACUGAAAUGGAGAGGGCUAAGUCCAAACUGCAGAGUCUCAGCAGUAACAGGGCCCCCUGGGAGACCAGAGAGGAAAAACGAGAAAAUGGGCUCAAGGCUAAAUCUCCUGCCAUCAAUCUGAUGACAUCCAACUUGGAAAAGAUGAAUGGGGCCGAAGAGUGGAUCAAAAGGUUACUGACCCCCCAGGACAAGCAUGUCAUUGAGAAUAAUCAUAUCCUCUACCUUGAGAAAAAGGAACAUGACAUUUUGUCUCAGCUUCAGAACACUUCAAGGGUCUCUAUCAAAGAGAUUAUUGACCAGGAAAAGGCAAUUUUAGAGAUUAAAGGAGCCCAGGCUGACAUUGUUGAGGUGGUUAUACACAUUGAGCAUAUGCUAUGUGAAGUUCAAGAGAAAAUGGCAAGAAAAAAGGAGCAAGCCCUUUGGAACUUGUUAGGACAAUGGACUGGUCAGCAACCAAAAACACAAGAUGAAAUGAAAAAAAAUAAGUUUCAGAAAUGUCUAACACCUUUUACUCAAGAAAUUCAUGAUCGAAUGAAACAGUUUGAACACUGUGGUUUGCACGUUAUAAAGGUGGAGAAGAUAGACAAUGAGGUUCUCAUGGCUGCUUUCCAAAAAAAGAAGAAAAUGAUGGAAGGGAGAACUCAAAGGGAACCUAUGAGCCACAGAUUGUUUCAGCAAGUCCCGCAGCAGUUCUGUGACGUAGUAUGCAGAGUUGGCUUUCAAAGAAUGUACUCAGUGCCCUGCGACCCUAGAUAUGGAGCUGGCAUAUAUUUCACCAAGAACCUCAAAAACCUAGCAUGUCAGGUCAAGAAGACAUCUGCCACAAAUAACCUGAUCUACGUCUUUGAGGCUGAAGUACUCACAGGCUCCUUCUGUCAGGGUCAUGAAUUAAAUAUUGUUCCUCCACCAUUGAUUCCUGGGGACAUAAAUAGCCAUGACAGUGUGGUUGACAAUGUCCCCAGCCCUGAAACCUUUGUUAUUUUUAGUAGUGUGCAGGCCAUGCCCCAAUAUUUGUGGACUUGCACCCGUGUAUGGCCACAGGAUUACUCAUCAAAACCAAGGAUGCUGCCUCUACAGCCUCUGGGGGGGGAAUUUUCAAGUGGUUCCUGUGUUGAUUAACCUUCACAUCAUUUAAACAACUGACAUGGCCUUGCUUUGGAGGAACUAAUCAAAUAAUAACCAUCAGUGACUUAAAGGGUAGUUCGACUAUGUCAAACUCGUUGUCCAUAUGGACUAAUAGGGUUAUUGAAGCACCAGCCACAUACCACUAGCAUUUUAGCAUCUUUAUCUUUGUCUUUAUCUCUUGGGGUUGGUGUGAGUAAAUAUCAACUAAAACACUUUCAGGAUUAUCCCUCUCCUUCAAGUUGUCCUUUUAUCUCCUUUACUAUAAAUAAUAGCAAAAAUGUUUUAUAUGUCAUGAAGAAAUUUUUCUAGUAUAUAAUCUAAGAAUCUAAGACUUCUGUUUUCUAAAAUGAUGAUAGUGUAACAUACUAGGGCAGCAGUAUGAUUUUAGAUAUUCCAGAGAAUCUUAUACAGUGCUUUAGAUAUCAAAAUAAAUCACCUUCACCUGUGUAACUGGCUUUGAAAAAUUAUGUAUAAAAUGAAAUUAUUUGUAAUGGAAGGACAUCAAGAGUCCGAUAUUCUACUGUUAAUCCUGUUUGGAUUCAGCCAUAUCAAGCAAUGCUGCUUAAGCACCAUGAAGCCAAAUUAUUAAUUUAUCAAAUAUUUCUUGAUCAUCAGAUGUGUUUCAGUUACUUUCUGGGUGCUGGGGAUAUGAUGCUGGUCAAGACAAAUGUCUUCAUAAAGCUUUCAGCCUGAAUAAUCAGAAAGGCAGCUAUGGAUAGCUUACUUAACAAGUGUGAUAGAGUAUUAAAAAAAAAGAAUUGCAGUUUCUUUGGAAAAUGUAAGGAAAAGAAGGAUAAAUUAAUCAGGGAUUGGGAAGAAGGCCUUUUAAAGAAAGUGAAACAAGCUGAGACCUAAAGAAUUUUUAAGGGUUAGUUGAAUAAAGGAUACAGCAAAUCAGGAGCAGAGUCAGAGGAGUAUUUUUUGCAGAAAAAAUAGCUCUUAUAAAGGCUGAAUCUACUAUGGCUGUGCCCAAAUUUGGCUUCAGAGUUCUGCAAUGUAGAGGCCAGCUCAUCUCACCAUGCCUCUCUUGCCUAUUCUGAAAUCUAUAUUUCUCUAUAUUUCCAAACCUUUCUUACCCUCACAUCAUCAGUCUCUUGCAUAGAACACUUUCUCCUCGUCAUCUUAUUGUAACUAACAUUCCUCCUCUUGAAAGAAGCAUGCUUAUUGUCUCACAUGGUGCUGCCCUUGGAUAUGGGCAAGAGGGCCUUACUCUAACCUUCCUCCAGCUGUGCCCAUCUCCACAAAAUGAAGAGUCCACAGGGUCAAGAGAAUGUAUCCAUUUGGAGCCUGUAUACCUCACUCUGAAACCAUCUUUUAGGUACCUAGAACUCCAACAUUUCAGCCUAAAUAACUCUAAGUCUAUUUUAGGGCCCGAUUGGACCUCUUUUUUUGGGUCUUUCCUCCCAAGGGUGACUGUGCCACAGUCGGCAUCAAGUAUGGCUGAGGGGUGACUGUUUGCGGGGAUGGGGCUUGAACAUGAGGCUGACGUGUUCACAUGCCUAUAGAUGAGGCCUUAUAAUACAGAGCUGAGGGUGACAGGACAGAUUUGAAAGAUCGAGUAUAUGUUUACAAGGGAUUUCAAAAAAGAAUGGAGGAGAGGCUAUGUUCAUGAGGAUAAGAACUAACAAGAAAUACAGCGAAACUGUAGACCACCAAAGAGUUGAUCUUAAAAGCAGCCAGAGAGAACCGCCAAAUCAUCCACAAAGGAAUGCAAUUAGACUGACAGCAUACAUCUUGUGGUAGGCAGAAUAAUGUCCUCCCCCUACCCACUGCAAAGAUGUCCACACUUCAAUCUUCUGAAUCUAUGAUCAUGUUACCUUAUAUGGCAAAAGGAAUUUUGCAAACGUGAUUAAGGUUAUCCUUCAAAUCAGAAGAUUAGCCAGGAUUAUUCAGAUGGGCCCAAUCUAAUCACAUGAGUGUUUAAAAGUAGAGAAACUUUCCUAGCUGUAUCAAAGGGACAGUGACAUGAGAAGGAUUUGAGGCCCUGUGCUAGUCCUGAGAUGCAGGGGACUACGUGUAAAAACCAGAGAGAAGCUUCUAGCAGCUAAGGAUAGCCCCCAGUGAACAGCCAGCAAGAAAAACAAUAUGUUGGUCCUCGAACUGCAUGGAAUUGAAUUCUGCCAACAUCUGAGUGAGCAAGGAAGUGGACUCAAAAGCUUCCAGAAAGGAGUGAAGUUUGCCAACACUUUGAUUUUAGCCCAAUGAGGCCCAUGACUGACUUCUGACCUAUAGAACUGUGAGACAAUAAAGCCAUGCUCUUUUAAGCCACUCAAGUUGUGAUUGUAAUAGAAAAGUAAUACACUUUUUAUCAGGAACAAUGGAAACCUGAAGACAUUAGUAUACUAUUUUCAAAAGAGUCGAGAGAAAUUAACUUAACCUAGAAGUCUAUACCUAGCUAGACUUUUAUUUUGCCUUAAUUUUCAAAUAAAGGUACUCUCAGACCAUUAAAAAUUAAAUUUAUCAAAGAUAAAUUCUCAUUCAAUAAACAAAUUUAAAGGAUGUACUUCGAGAAGGAGGGGAAAAAUUGAAGCUGCAAGAAGGCAUGAUGAGCAAAGAAAUGGUAAAUAUAGAUACAUGUAAACAAUUAUUGUCUUUAUAAAAACAGCAGUAAUAAGAAUGUCUAAUUUUUGGAAUAAAAUAAGAUUGAAAUAAAAUAUUGAAAAAUAAACCAUGUAAA